UUUUCGGAGAGCCAAUCAGCGUGCAGAAACGCGCCCACCCGGAAGUUGAGGCAUUUUCAGGUGGUGGUUAGUUGACAGUGAGCUGUAUGGUAUGUUGAGUGGAGGUAAGAGGAGCGGUGUUUGAAGGCGUCCUGCACAUGCACACAGCUGAAGAGUUGAAAUGGCGUUACUGCGGAUGAGAAACGCUCAGGGCUCUAACGCCACCGAGAUAGAGAAGAAGAUCAAAAGAGGUAAUGCUCUGCGGCAGUCCUCUGCAUGGAGGGGUACCCGAGGACCCGUGGUCUUGGUGCUGGUUGCGGUGUCUGUGUUGGUGGCAACUUUGUUCGUGUAUGUGAUCUCUCUGGACAGCGAGGUAACAGAGACUCUGGUCAGCCGGAGUGAGCUGGUGACUUCCAAGCCCAGAGUGUUCACCGUCGAGUGCUCUGACGACUACGAGAACCAUAAACGCUACCCAGGGUGCACCCCUCAGAAGUGUGGCCGGGCAGUCACAGACAGCGUGGUGACGAGGGAGGAAGCUCAGGUCCUCCAGAGGCUGGCAGAGAGAGGGCUGGCGCUGGCUGGAUCAGAGGGAGGGGCCUCCAUACUGGACCUGCACUCUGGAGCGUUGUCCAUGGGGAAGCAGUUUGUGAACAUUUACAGGUAUUUUGUGGAUCAGAUCGGAGAUGUUUUCACUCAGGAGGACUUCGAGUUGUACAGAGAUGUGCGUGGGCGGAUACAGGCUGUUAUUGCAGAGACGUUUGGUUUGGACCCAACUCUCAUGUACCUCACCAAGCCGACCUUCUUCUCCAGGAUCAACAGCACCGCAGCCAAGACUCAGCAUGACGAAUACUGGCAUCCCCACAUAGACAAGGUGACGUAUGGCUCUUUUGACUACACCUCCCUCCUCUACCUGUCCGACUACGGGUCUGACUUCACCGGAGGACGGUUCGUCUUCAUGGACCAAAAUGGAAACCGCACCGUGGAACCGAGGGCAGGCCGAGUCUCCUUCUUCACUUCGGGUACCGAGAACCUCCACCGCGUGGAAAAGGUGACAUGGGGUACACGCUAUGCCAUCACCGUGUCGUUCACCUGCGACCCAGCACACGGCAUCUCUGACCCGGCUCUGCCGCCCCGAGACGUCCAGGGGUGACGAGGAUGCUCACUGCUUCAGAUGAGCCCUGCAGCAGAGAGGAGAGGAAGGAGGGGAAGAAGAAGUGGGUUUUAUAAAGAGGUUUUACUUGUAAUAGCUGCUUUGUCAAUAUCUGUAGUUGUCUUUUAACUCUGGAUAUUGACUCGCUGCUCCUUCCUGAAAGAAGUUUUUGUCCCAUUUGUUACACACCGUUGUAUUUUUAUCCAAUUUUCUACAGCAGCUGUUUUCUUCUUGCACAAUCGAAAUUGGAAGGCAUGUUGGCUUUCCCCACAGAUAUCCACUAUUUGCUUUUCUUCAGCUUGGAGGGGAAGACUUCAGUGGAAAUUGACUCUCAACUGCCUUCAUAUCAGAGAAGCUGAAGGGAGACUGUCUGCUUACUGUAUGUCUCUGGGUAAGAGCUGUCAUUUCCUACAAGAGGAGAUCUAAAUCUGCUGAACCGCCUGUCAUCUCUCAGAUUUGCCUCUUGCCGUGACCCCUGAGGUGUUUUCUUCUAAGAAGAACCCUCUAAUGUCUAGUGGGGAUUUCUUUUUCUGCUUUAACCGUGUCCUUUACGGGGUGGUGAGAACGGUUUGAAAUAAAAUACUCAUAAAACCUGAA